UUCUGUGAAAUCGCGAUCCAAGAAAUGAUGGACCAAGGCAAGAAAAGGAGGCAGUGCCCCGUGUGUGGGAAAAGCUUUAGCUGGAAAUCCAGUCUGAGUUCUCAUUGGAAAAUCCACGCAGGGGAGAAACCAUAUCAAUGCACAGAAUGUGGGAAAACCUUUAUCUGGAACUACAGCCUCAUAUCCCAUUUGAGAAUCCACACCGGGGAGAAACCAUACUCAUGCCUGGAGUGUGGAAAAAGCUUUAGUCGGAGAGAAAAACUUACCAGACAUUAUAGAAUCCACACAGGGGAGAAACCAUAUAAAUGCUCAGAGUGUGGAAAGAGUUUCCGCUGGAAGGAAAGACUUACUAGACACCUCAGAAUUCAUACGGGGGAGAAACCAUAUAUAUGCACAAUGUGUGGGAAGAGCUUCAAUUGGAGUCAUAACCUUAUAUCCCAUUUGAGAAUUCAUACUGGGGAGAAACCAUUCACCUGUCUGGAGUGUGGGAAGAGUUUUAGUCAGAGAACGACCCUUACUUCCCAUCAGAGAGUCCACUCAGGGGAUAAACCAUAUAAAUGCUCUGAGUGUGGUAAAGGCUUCAAACAGAAAACAGAUUUAAUUUCUCAUGAAAGAAUCCAUGCAGGGGAAAAACCAUAUCAGUGCUCAGAGUGUGGGAAGAGCUUCAAUCGUAGUACACAUUUAGCUUCACAUCAAAAAAUCCACACGGGAGAGAAACCAUACACAUGCUCUGAGUGUGGAAAGAGUUUCAGUCGAAGUGCAAAUCUAACCUACCAUCAAAGAAUUCACACAGGAGAAAAACCGUAUGUGUGUCUGGAGUGUGGAAUGAGCUUCAGUGUGAACACAAGUUUGACCUUACAUCAAAGCAUCCACACUGGGAAGAAACCAUACAUAUGCUUGGAGUGUGGAAAGAGUUUUGUUUGCUCUGCACGUCUCACUAGUCAUCAGAGACUGCACACAGGGGAGAAACCGUUUAUAUGCUUGGAGUGUGGGAAGAGUUUCAGUCGGAGCACGAACCUCACUUCUCAUCAGAGACUGCACACAGGGGAGAAACCGUUCAUUUGUUUAGACUGCGGGAAAAGCUUCAGUCGGAGUGCAAACCUUCUUAGACAUCAAAGAACUCACACAGGGGAGAAGCCAUUUAAAUGCCUGGAGUGUGGAAAAAACUUCAGCCAUAGUGAAACCUUACUUUGCAUAAAAGAAUCCACACUGGGGAGAGACCAUUUAAAUGCCUUGAGUGUGGAAAGAGUUUCGGUCGGAGCACUCACCUGAAUUCACACCUAAGAACUCACACA